AUGGAGGACAAUCAAGGAGUGUCUCAGAUCCGGAAUUCAUUCGCGGGAGCUAACAUUUUAUUGACGGGAGGAACUGGCUUCCUUGGAAAAGUGCUUAUUGAAAAAUUACUAAGAUGUUGCCCGGAGCUUAACAAGAUAUAUCUAUUAGUGAGGAAGAAGAAAAAUAAAGAUCCACAAACACGAUUAAAAGAACAGUUCGAUGAUGUGCUGUAUGAAACACUUCACAAAGAUCAGCCAGCUUUCAUCAAAAAGGUGGAGAUUCUAGAGGGAGAGAUGGACAGCGAAAAUCUUGGUCUUACAGACCAGGAUUGGCUGACAGUAUGUGAUAAGGUUAAUUUUGUUCUCCACGGAGCAGCGACCGUCCGCUUUGACGAGACCCUGAAUAAAGCCGUACGCAUCAAUACACGUGGCACCAAGGAGAUGUUAAAGCUUGCUCGCUGUUGCAAAUACCUUGAAGCUUUUGUGUACAUUUCGACCGCCUAUUGUAAUCUCCCGCAACAACCGAUAGAGGAAAAAUUUUACGACUUUCCACUGACCAGUGACCUUCUUAUUGACGUAGUUGAACGCUUGGAUUCAAAAACUGUAGACGACAUUACACCUGGACUAAUAGGCAUGUAUCCAAAUACAUAUUGUUACACAAAGGCGGCCGCAGAAAACCAUCUUCUUAAACAUUCUCAAGGAUUACCUGUUGCUAUAUUAAGACCUUCUGUAGUGAUAUCAACGGCAAAAGGUCCGAUUCCUCUGGGUUGGAUUGAUAACAUUUAUGGACCGACUGGGAUAUGUGUUGGAGCUUCGGUGGGCAUUAUUCGUUUAAUCAAAUGUAACCCGGAUGCCGUCGCCGAUUUCGUACCAGCUGAUUUUGUUGCUAAUGCUUGUAUUGCCGUCGCUUGGAAGACCGCUCGAGACCACAAAAAAACCUCUGAGAGGACACUUGAGGACCACAGUGAGGGACCGAAAGAUGUGGAGACAAAAGCUGACCAGAUUCCCCGUGUAUAUAAUUAUGUUUCUGGAAACCAAAAUCCUUUAACAUUUCGUAAUUUUAUGAAUUACGCACAUACACACGGAUUUACAAUGGCGCCGAGUAAAGCAGUGUGGUGUUAUAUGUUGUUUCUUAUAAAUAACGCGCUCCUGUUCAGAACUUUGAACAUCCUUCUUCACUGGAUACCGGCUUAUGUGUGCGAUGGAGUAGCAGUUAUGAUUGGGAAAAAACCUAUGCUAAAGAAUGUUUAUUCGAAAAUUGACAAGUGGAUACAUUUUAAUGAAAUUUUCGCGUCGCAAACCUGGAAGAUGAGAAAUUCCAACACUUUAGAACUUUUUAAGGAGCUGAACGAGACGGACCAACAUAUAUUUGACUUUGACAUAUCUGCUUUAGACUGGAAUUCCUAUAUGUAUAAUUAUAUGAUGGGAAUUCGCUUGUUUCUUAUCAAAGAGCCUAAAGAAACAAUCCCUCGAGGAAUAACAAAACAAUAUUUACUAAUAAUAGCGAAUUAUAUAGUGAUGACAAUUUACGCUAUAGCUUUGUUUUGGUUUGUUAAACUUUUGGGUGGAGGUGUGUUGAAAUUAAUGUAUAAAGUUUUCAGCUGA